UUCUUUUUUUUUGAAAAUUUCAAUUUCUUUUUCCGACGAACAAAACAAAAAAAAAAAAUCUGUUUAGCUUCCGAUGAACUCCGAAAUCGUUAGCCAGAUGCCGCCGGCGACUCCAUCCACGCCUUUCGAUGACAACGCUGCAGUUGACUUAGAGCUCGCGGCGGCACUAGGAGGAGGAGGAGGAGGUGACUCAAACGGCGGCUGUGGAAGGAGCAAAGCGAAGGGACCUUGGUCGACGGAGCAGGACGCGGUUCUGACGAGGCUCGUGAACAAGCUGGGGCCGAGGAACUGGACUCUGAUAUCCCGCGGAAUCCCAGGCCGGUCUGGUAAAUCGUGCCGGUUAAGGUGGUGCAAUCAGCUCGAUCCUUGCCUCAAACGCAAACCGUUCACCGAUGAGGAGGAGAAUCUGUUAAUGUCAGCACACGCGGUUCACGGUAACAAAUGGUCUGUGAUUGCAAAGCUCUUACCUGGGAGAACAGAUAACGCUAUCAAGAACCACUGGAACUCUGCGCUUAAGCGUAAACACGCUGAUCUCUGGAACAGUCAUCAUCACUCCAUCUCUAAUGCAUCAUCGUCCCGCAAAGAAGAAACCAAUUAUCACCCUCCCUCGGUAUCAACUGAUGUUAAAAUGGAGGGUGAGGCAAGCAAGACUCGGGAAGGGAAGUGUUGUAAGCCUGGUGUUUAUCGCCCCGUGGCGAGACUCGGUGCUUUCAGUGUCUACAGGCCUGGGUACAUGAACCAGCGUGUAGCUCCGUGUGAGGGACCUUUGGUUCAAGCAGCGAGAACCGACUCGUUGGGUGGUCAGUUUCUUCAGUCUCUUUGUUAUCAACCUAACGUCCCUUCGAGGUGCGGUCACGGAUGCUGUAACCAACAACCAGAGAAGAGACUGUCGUCGUCGGUGCUGGGACCGGAGUUUGUGGAUUAUGAGGGGCCUUCUUCUGUGGGUUUAGACCAAGAGUUGGUUUCUAUUGCAACUGAUCUGAACAAUAUUGCUUGGAUAAGGAGUGGACUUAACAAUAGUAGCUAUUCCAGAGAAGUGGGACAGAGUUUGAGUGUUGGUAAUCAUCUUCGUUUUGAACAUGCUCGAGCUCGAGGGAAGUUUACUGGGAUGGUGAACAAUGGUAUGCCAAGUCAGAUGCUGAGACAAGAUUUAAGGGCUUUAAUCUAACUUUUAGAGAGAAACACAUUUCGUUUAAUAUAUUUCUCUCUUGUAUCUGAUCGUAGAAUAUCGAAAUUUUACUAAGCAAACUUCGCGCGA